CGCGUAUUCCGAUCUCGUUUGCUCGGCUACUCACAACGGUGCGAUGCCUCCCCAGCCCAGCGGUAAGGCCGUGAAGAAGGCCGGCAAGGCGCAGAAGAACGUGCGCGCCACCGACAAGAAGAAGAAGAAGCGCCGCAGGAAGGAGAGCUUCUCCAUCUAUAUCUACAAGGUGCUGAAGCAGGUGCACCCGGACACUGGAGUCUCCAGCAAGGCCAUGUCUAUUAUGAACAGCUUCGUGAACGACAUCUUCGAGCGUAUCGCCGCGGAGUCGUCCCGUCUGGCUCACUACAACAAGCGCUCGACCAUCACGAGCCGGGAGAUCCAGACUGCCGUGCGUCUGCUGUUGCCCAGCGAGCUGGCCAAACACGCCGUGGCCAAACACGGCGAGCUGGCAGUGGGUUCGGUCCAGUGGAUUCUGCAACCCCACUGCUGCCUGAUGUCAAGUCACCCCUACCGGAACCAUCCGGUUAUGCCAAUACUCCUCCAGGCCGGUGCAGUCUGGUCUACCGGAAACUCUGCACCGCUUUUCGGAAUCCUGAUGGACCUGCUGGCCUCCUUGGACCAUGCUCUUAAGACAUCCUAG